GGGAUGGUCGGCACAUGGGGAAGGGGAGGGGAAGGGGCUGGAGCUGCCCUCCCACCCGGCGUGCAAACAUCGCCGCGGCUCUGUGUCUGGCACACAUGGACGGGAUUAUCCAGCUGCGUUUUCUCCUCCCGUGCCCCUCCUUUUCCCGGAGCUCUCGGUGGGGCGGGGUCGCCUCGGGGGGAUCCGCUCCUUUGGGGCUGCCGCGUUUGCGUGACGAGCGCUGCUCCAGCUUUUCCCCAGUCGCUUUUGGGAACAGGCUGGCCCCGGGCCGGGAGGGAUAAGGGGGGCCUUUAGGGCAUCUCGGGGAACUCGUUUGCAGCCCUAAUUAAUUAGCCGUGCUCGGGAGGGGGUGCAGUUGCCGUGGUGUUCAUCCCGCAGCUCCUCGCCCCGGGGCAGCGUGGGGACACCGAGUGGAAAAUCACAUCCUGCAAAGCAGCAACUCCUUCACAUCCGUGGGGAUUCAUCCCAGCUCCUCAUCCCUGCAGCUCUCAGGUGUCAGCUGGCCACCACUUUUGUGCUGUCCCAGUGGCUGGUAAACCUUCCCAGGGAAUUUUCCAGGAGCAGGGAAUUGCUCAGGUCAGGGUCUGCUGCCGCCUCGCUCCCAGCCCUGCUCCCUGAGCUCCCGCCUCUUUCAUCCCAUUUUUUCCCCCCAGGUCCCUGAAUCCUCACUUUGUGUCUCACUGAAUGUCGAUAUCCAGGCCCUGCUGCCCAGCCUGGCUCUCCAGCUGUGCCAGCUGUGACUGUCACACCUUAAAACCACCCAAACCUGGAUUUGGGAGGAGCUGAGAAGAUAAACCAGGCUCAGCAGUGAUUUAUUGGCUGUGUUCGGGGGGAUCCCGGCGGCAGGGAGCGACGAGCGAUGCUUAUCUCCCCCUGAGCAGAGGGAACUCAUCCAGAUCUCUUUUUUUUCACGCCUUUCCCGUCCUCAGCAGCAUCCCCGGAGCUCCCAGGGUGAACAUUCCCCCCGAGGGCGGUGCCGGCACCGGGAUUUGGGAAAGGCAGCGGCCGGGCCGGGCUCGUCCCCCGCCGGUGCCGGGGGAUGCCUGGCGUUCCUGCGAGCAUCCCGGGCCCGCUGGAUUGGCUGCGGGGGCCAAACCUUGCCUUUUUAGGCUGCGCCUGGCUCCGGCUCGGGGCUGAGCUCGGGGAUGCCCCGGCCGUGGGGCAGCCCCAGCCCCGGGGAUGAGUGCUGGGGCUGCUCGGGGGUCUCGGGCUUUGGGAAUGGCCGGGGAGGGGGGAUCCUGCCUGCACACGGGGCUCUCCAGCUGCUGCCUCCAUCGCCCCCUCUGCCCUCCCCACUCUGUGGCUUUGGGGUGUGAUUCAUUUUAAUAUGUAAUUCAUUUUAAUUUGUAAUUCAUUUUAAAGGGUUUUUUUUUUGCGUGUCAUCUAUGGCAGCCUCUCGCCUUGGUGACCUCGUGUUUGGCGGGGACCCAGCCGGGCUGGAGAGCGGAUCCGCCUCUGAGGUUCCUGGGGCUCGCUGGUAUUUAUACCCACGGCUCAUCGGGGCUCGGUCCCAGAGGAAAGGAGCUCUCUCGCCUCCGUGCUUUUCCCCCAGGUCCCCCCAGCACCGAGCGCUGCCACCCCGCCAUGUGCGACGAGGAAACCACGGCCCUGGUGUGCGACAACGGCUCCGGCCUCUGCAAGGCCGGCUUCGCCGGCGACGAUGCCCCCCGCGCCGUCUUCCCCUCCAUCGUGGGGCGGCCCCGGCACCAGGGUGUCAUGGUGGGCAUGGGGCAGAAGGACAGCUACGUGGGCGACGAGGCGCAGAGCAAGAGGGGCAUCCUGACGCUCAAGUACCCCAUCGAGCACGGCAUCAUCACCAACUGGGAUGACAUGGAGAAGAUCUGGCACCACUCCUUCUACAACGAGCUGCGUGUGGCCCCCGAGGAGCACCCCACCCUGCUCACCGAGGCACCCCUCAACCCCAAGGCCAACCGGGAGAAGAUGACCCAGAUCAUGUUUGAAACCUUCAACGUCCCCGCCAUGUACGUCGCCAUCCAAGCCGUGCUCUCCCUCUACGCCUCCGGCCGCACCACCGGCAUCGUCCUGGACUCCGGGGACGGCGUCACCCACAACGUGCCCAUCUACGAGGGCUACGCCCUGCCCCACGCCAUCCUGCGUCUGGACCUGGCCGGCCGCGACCUCACCGACUACCUCAUGAAGAUCCUCACCGAGAGGGGCUACUCCUUCGUCACCACCGCCGAGCGGGAAAUCGUGCGCGACAUCAAGGAGAAGCUGUGCUACGUGGCGCUGGACUUCGAGAACGAGAUGGCCACGGCCGCCUCGUCCUCCUCGCUGGAGAAGAGCUACGAGCUGCCCGACGGGCAGGUCAUCACCAUCGGCAACGAGCGCUUCCGCUGCCCCGAGACGAUCUUCCAGCCCUCCUUCCUGGGCAUGGAGUCCUGCGGCAUCCACGAGACCACCUUCAACUCCAUCAUGAAGUGUGACGUGGACAUCAGGAAGGACCUGUAUGCCAACACCGUGCUGUCGGGGGGCACCACCAUGUACCCGGGCAUCGCCGACCGCAUGCAGAAGGAGAUCACGGCGCUGGCGCCCAGCACCAUGAAGAUCAAGAUCAUCGCCCCGCCGGAGCGCAAGUACUCGGUGUGGAUCGGCGGCUCCAUCCUGGCGUCCCUCUCCACCUUCCAGCAGAUGUGGAUCAGCAAACCCGAGUACGACGAGGCCGGACCCUCCAUCGUCCACCGAAAAUGCUUCUAAGCCCCCUCCCCGCCCCGCGGGGGCUCCCCGUGCCCAGGCUGGGGUGCCCCGCUCCUCCCCUGGCCCCGCUGCUCCUCCCCACCGCCCACCGUGCAUUAAAAAGCCUUUUCUCCA